GGCGUUACUCGUGACAAGGAGUCUAGUCUACGAGAGCUUUGAGUGGAGAAGUGGUGCGCGUAAAAGUGAAGAGAAAUAGGAGUAGAAGUGAGAUGUUUGUGCAGUGAGACUAGUGGGAGUCAAAUAAAUCGGUGGGAUCUUUUUUCAAAGACCAAUGGUGAAUUUUCCUGUCCUCGUGAAGUGGAAGAGACGCAGCGGUCGUUGCCAAAACGAUUCCACGGAAAAGUAGUAUGUUUUUCUGAAAUUGGAGGCAGUGUGGGACAAAAAAUUGAAGAAAUCUGAGGUGAAUGUUGGUUCGCCGGGUAUUGGUGAUAGUGAUAGUGAAAUCGAGGAACGGUGGAGGUGCUCGAUUUGAAUUCAUAAAUGUGCGAGAGGAGGAGUCUACAAUGGUGGCUCGGCUCCCGCAACAAGUUCUGCUGCUACUCAUACUCGUUGCUGGAACGUCCACGAGGACGUCGCAUGCCAUUGAAGAUCCAAACUGGACGACUUCCGGAUUUCGAAGGAGCAGUAGAUCCUCGAGAGUGACAUCCACUGUUUUACCUUCAGGAAGUUCAUUGGAUGCCGGCAGUGAAAGCAGAAGUAAGAUGGUGGAUUCAGAAUCAAGCAGUGGCAAUGCCAUGAUAGACAGAUUCGAAUCUGGGUCUCGAUUGGAUUUGGGAUUUCCGUCGGUCACUGCAACGAAUGAGGUCUUGGCGCCUUGGCUUCAAAUGGAAUCCGAAGGGAGCCAAGCUGAUGGCAUCUUACGUGUCUCCGACGCAAGGGUCCACCACAUCACCAGCUUGUCUUCUACGCCGUCAAAUCCUCUGCAAAAAGAGGAGACUGAAAGCUUUUCAAUGAAUCCCUCCAGUAAUAGAAUUUCAUCCGAAUCUCUUCCUGACAAAUCGAAUUCUCUCAACGCAUCAUUGACUCUAGAUUCCGAGAAAGUCAUCCCCACAUCAAACCCCAAAGCGCCCUUUAAAAGUGGGGCGAACGAGAAUUUGACUACGAUAUCAACGUAUUCAUCUAAAAUUCGUAAUCGAGGACGUCAUAUGAGAGAUGCAGACAAGAAUUCAGAGUGUAAAAUGUUCGAGGAAGACGUUUUCAAGGAACAUGAAAACAAAUACGAAUUUUUCAGUCCUGGUUAUCCUGACAAAUAUCCCGGAAAAAUCAAGUGUGUUAGGAAAUUAGAAGCUCCACCUGGAAAGCUCAUUAAAUUGGACUUUCGGGAUUAUUUUGAAAUAGAGAGGUCUGAAGAUUGCAAACACGACAGUCUGGAAGUACGUGACGGUGAGCAUGGUUUCGCAACUCUUCUUGGAAAAUUUUGCGGAAACAAAUUUCCUGAAGAAAUUACUUCAAAAACGAGGUUUCUCUGGCUCAGUUUUGUUAGCGAUGAUUCAAUUGAAUAUCGUGGUUUUAAGGCAAUUUGGUGGACCAUUGAUCGUCCAAGUGAGGGAGUACCACGUGAGCCUGAACCCUGCACGCUGAAUAUAACGGGGAUGUUGGAAGCUGUAAUCGAGACUAAGGACAUUCACGAUAGAAAAGAGACAGUACAGAAGGAAGGCCUACCUCUUGACUGUAUUUGGGAGAUUCACGUAGAGAAGGAUAGCAAGAUACAGCUGACGUUUCCAGAAUUUGAUUUGAGCAAACCCAACGAGUGCGAUGCGAAUUACGUUGACGUAUUUGAGGAUUUUCCAGAUAUUCCAUCGCGAUUAAGAAAUUUUUGUGGUAGUAUUGCCGAUCUCGUAACCACUAAAGGACAUGUGGCCUAUCUACACUUCCAUGCAGAGCCUAAAGCCAUAAAUAGCUCAUUCAGGGCUGUCAUGACAGCAGUAAGAGAUAAAGAUAAAGAUGGGUGCAGGGAAGAUGAAUUCGAUUGUGAGGAUGGAUGUAUCGAUUUGAAACUUAAGUGUAAUGGCAACUUUAACUGUCGUUUCCGAUACGACGAAGAGAUCGAGCUAUGCGAUAACGGAGCUACUUCAUUGAUUCAUUCAGAACAUAUCAUCAUUAUUCUGGUUGUUUUUUCUUUAAUCGUAUUCGGUCUUUGCUUCACAUUCGUAUUUAACUGUGUCCGAAAACUCGUUCAAGAUCAUCGUAUUAUAAGAGAACACAUACGACAGUCACGUGAGAAUCGACUGGACGAGAUAGGUCGACUAGCAACGCCCUGUCCGCUUUCUGCUUCCAGAACGGAAAUUCGUGAUCGCGAAAGUGAAUCCCCAAGCUUGGAAGGCAUAACCACCAAAGAACUCCUUCAACCUUCUACUAUAAUAGCUCAUGAAUACACAAAAGAACUCGUAAUGGAAAUGCAUUACGACAAAAAAACAAUGAACGACAUGAAUGAUAUCAAUGACAUCAACGACAUCCAUCAAAGCAACAAUGUCCGCAAUGCCACCCAAGAACGUCUUCAAGAAUCCAGUGAAGAACCCGAAACUAGAGAAAAUGCCUGUCAAACCAGAGAAAGCCUCUUUGAAUACCGAACACCAGACAACGUAAUCAAACCUUCCUUCACAACUUUUGGCUUUCGAGCCCCAAGUUCCCAAAAUGGCAGCACUCACCAACAUAGCUACCAUCAAUCCACUCCGAGCAAAAGCCUGCCAAAACAAGGUUCCCAAAAAUCUCAACAUUCUCAUCAAUGUUCCAGUUGCAGUUCCGCACACAAGGGCAGAGAAGAGAUCAUUACGACUUGUCCCAGACAUUCUGUCGUUCCAGCUCCUCCAGGCUGGUCUCUCCACGAUCCACCUUAUCCACCAUAUCCAGCAGUACAUCCUGAUUCCCAAUAUCCAGAUCCUCUAGAUUUCACCUAUCAAAGGUACCCAAGUCCAAAACCCACCAGGGAUCCAUCUCAUGGUCAAUCACCCAAAACUAGACAUCACACAGCUGGUUCUGGCGAGAGGUAUGGAUCCAUCUUGGGAUCAGGUCAUGGGUCCAUUAUCGGACCAGGACAUGCGUCUAUCGUAGGCUCUGGACAUGGAUCCAGCAAUACAAAUAGUACUAUUAAUUCCGGCACUCCAAAAAGAAUCGCCGGUGAUUCUCGUUAUAGGGCUGAGGCAGUGAUUGAGGUUGAUCAGAAGAGGCCUUUUAGCAUAGAGAGUACUAAAAGUGCUCCUGAUGUGAUUGCGACCCACUGACGACAGAGUGAUGGGGAUUGGGAGCCGUAUAAGAGACGCCAUCCCCUUCAUAAUCGAGAAGAAAGUUUAUU